AAGAACUCCUAAACCAAGACACACUAUAAGACACGUACGAGAAGAUGUAUGAAUACAACGACAUGUAUGAAUACAACGACGAAGAUGGAGGGAUUCAGUUUCAACCCUACGAUGACGAACUCAUCAACGAAUAUUUAAUCCCCAAACUGGAAGGUAAACCGCGGGGAGAGAUCACUAUGAAGGAUGUUUACUCAAAGGAGCCAUGGUUGCUGGACCAUCCGAUGGGUUCGUUUUUCAAGAAGAACGAGUGGUACUACUUUGUGACAAGGACUCAACUCUCUAAGAAGAAAAUAGGUUGUGGUAAGAAAGCGAAACGGAAGAUCACCAGAGACAAUAACAGUGGGUCUUGGAAAGCUAAUGCGAAAGGUGAUAUCAAGGACAAGGAAACAAAGAUGGUCAUUGGGGAACACCAAACCCUAGCUUUUGUUAAAAGCUCAGUAAAUAACAAGAAGAAGCAGAAGAGUGGAGACGGUACUUCUUGUGAUGUUGGUGUACCAGGUAGCGAGAAUAGCUGGAUUAUGACAGAAUAUAUGCUUCCUGAAAUAGAAGAUAAGUUUCGUGAGCUGGUCAUAUGCAAGAUUCAUGUGAUCGAGAAUUCCAAUAAGAAGAAGAAGGAUGAUCGUCAUGAAGCUUCUACUUCUAUAGUUUAACAUAAAAAUUAGUUUGUCUUGAGUAAUCAAUAAAUAUUUCAAUUAAUUUUGUUGUUUUGAGUAUUGUUUAACUAUUUUAGAUUAGAGGUGAGAUGGAUCAGAUAUCUGAAGUAUUUUGAGAUAUUUAGAUCCAGAUCUAGUGGAUCCAUAAAAUUACUAUCCAAAUCCAGGCCUCGUAGAU